UUCCUCCCCUACUCUUCCUUGAACUUGCAGUAUCUCCACUUUUAUUAAACUAUCUCUCCCUGGACUAUCAGUGUGCUCCCUUCCUAUUCUGCCAUCUUGCUUCCUCCCUCCAAUUUCUUGAUGUAGGCACCUAUUGAUAAAAACUUUUAACUUAACACUGCUUUUGCUUUAUCCCAUAAGUUUUGGUAUGUUGUGCUGUUCUCCUCAUUUACUUCCAGAAAAUUUUUGAUUUCUCUUUUAAUUUCUUCUAUGACACAUUGUUCAUUCAGGAGCAUGUUGUUCAAUCUCCAUGUGUUUGCAUAUGCUCUAGGGAUUCCUGAGUUGCUAAUUUCCAACUUCAUUCCUUUAUGUUCUGGGAAGCUGCAUGGUAUGAUUCUAAUUCUUUUGAAUUUGCUGAGACUUGCUUUAUGGCCUAGUAUGUGGUCAAUCCUAGAGAAUGUUCCAUGUACUGCUGAGAAGAAUGUAAAUGCUUUAUGUGUAGGAUGAGAAGUUCUGUAGAUAUCUGUUAGAUCCAUUUGGACAAUAGUGUCGAUUAAAUCUGCUGUUUCCUUGUUGAUCUUCUGUCUGUAUGAUCUAUCUAUUUCUGAGAGUGGAGUAUUGAAGUCCCCCAGUACUAUUGUAUUGGAAUCUAAGUCUCCCUUUAAGUCCCUUAACAAAUCUUUUCAAUAAACUGGUGCCCUGUAAUUAGGUGCAUAUUCAUUGAUAAUCAUUAUAUCUUCUUGUUGAAUUGAUCCCUUAAUCAUUAUAUAGUGCCCCUCUUUGUCUCUCCUAAUAGUUUUUGUGUUAAAGUUUAUGUUGUCUCACUAAAAAGGCAUUCUAAUCCUUUCUCCCUCUCCAUGCCUUUAGGAACUCCUAGAACCUGAAUGUUGGUUUUUUAAAUAGUAUCCUGUAGAUUCCUGACAGUAUUUUUUAGAUUUCUAAUUUCCUCUCCUUUUCUUUGGUUUGACUGUAUCCUUUCCUGUUCUCUGUCUUCUCAGUCCGAUAUUCUUUCUUCUGCUUCACCCAUUCUGUGUUUAAGGCACUCGAAUGUGUUUGUCAUUUGAUCUAUUGAAUUCUUAAUUUCAUUAUGAUUUCUCAUCACUAUCACAGUUUCAUGUUCUACUAGUUGUUUCAUUUCGUUUUGAUUCCUCCUUUAAUAUUUCAUUUUUGCGAGAGAGAUUUUCUAUCUUGUCCAUUAAGGAUUUCUGUAGUUCAAGAAUUUGUUUUUGAGAACUUCUUAAUGUUCUUAUCCAUUUUUUUGAGAUCUGCUUCUUGCAUUUCUUCUAUCUCAUUAUCUUCAUAAUCUUGAAUUGGGAUGUCUAUUUCAUUUGGGGGCAUCACAGUGUCUUCCUUGUUCUUGUUACCUCUGUUUCUGCGUUUGUUGUUUGGCAUAUUGGAGAUAUUCUUUGGUUUCUUUGGUGUGGUGUUUUUUCUCAUUAUACUGUGACUCUAGAUUAAGUGGACUGUCUGCUUUUGAUGGAUCCUUAGAGGCUGUGAUGGGUGUGGCCAGAGAGCUCUGUUUGGUUCUUCAGGGUUAAGCGUGUGCCAAAGUUGACUCACCCAGAUUGUUCUUUUGCUCUCUCUCUCUCUUUUUUGACUCAGUUGGGAAGUAAUUCCACACAGCUGAGUAGAAUUGAGGGUAGUUGAUAUAUGAAAUCUGGCCCCUGUGGGUAUUCGUCUGCUUACCCCUGGGACCACACAAAGAGUUUAUGCAGCCCUCAGUGUGCUCUCAAAUUUCUCCACAAUCUUUCACCAGGUUGCCCAGGUUACUGAGUUUGUGUACUCGGUGAGUUCUCUUGCCCACCCUCAGAUUUUCAGUCUCAGAUCGUUAGCUCCACACUUUCACUAGGUCUUAACGUCCUGUUAUUUCUCCCCACCAAAGUCAGGUUUUUCUGCUUGGCUAAUGACAGGCGCCGCUUUACAUAGGCAAAAUGGUGCACACUGCUUUACAUACGCAAAAUGGCACCUGCUCUUUGUCUUGCUUGGCUUCAUAAGGUGAGUGGAGAGAGAGGCUAAUGUCUCUGCCGGUUCCCAUUAUUUAUUCAUUUUUUUUCUCCUCCAGUCAGCCUGGUGAACUUUCCCCCAUGAGGCUGCAGGCCUCAUUCUCUGUAGGCUCUUUCUGCCUUUCCCUGCCAAUGUCUCAGGUUACCAAGGUUUUUGUGUCACCUCCACUUCCAGCACUGGUGCGCAGACUCUGUGGCUUGGCUUCCGCAGCUUGGCUUCCAUGCGGUGGGUGACCUUGCUCUCCCCGUAGGUCCUCCAUGUCACAUCCAUUAGAUCUGGAAGAGUUUCCUCUGCAAUUUUUUCCUGAGCCUUUUCCUGAGGCUACAGUAACUCCACUUUUAUUAAACUAUCUUUUCCCGGACAACUGGUGUGCGCCCUCACUAUUCCGCCAUCUUGGCUCAUUUAUUUUUUAAGAUUAUUUAUUUGAAAGGCAAACUUACAGAGAUUGGGAGAGACAGGGAGACAAAAGGAGAUAUCUUCUAUCUACUGUUUCAUUCCCCAAAUGCCCAUAAUGGCUGAGACUGGGGCCAGGCCAAAGUCAGGAGCCUGAAACUCCAUGGGUCUCCCAAUUUGAUGGAAGGGUUCAAAUACUCAGGCCAUUUUCACUGCUCUUUCAGUCAGAUUAGCAGGGAACUGGAUUGGAAGUGGAGCAGCCAGGAAUCAAAUCCUCUGUUUACAUGGGAUGCCAGCAUUGAUGGUGGAGGCUUAGCCUGCUGGAUCACAAUUCUGGUGACUAUUGCAGGUUCUUAAACAAAUCUCUAAGCAUUUUUCUCAGUGAGUCACAAAUGCAGAUUGUACUACAGACAUUCCCAGGUUCUCUUUUUGGACAAAUAAUUCCAUUGUUUUCACUUUCAUUAUGUAUAAUGUUAUUUCAAAUGUUUACCAUUUGAAUGUUUUGGGCAAGUAUUUCCAUUGCUUUCACUUUAAUUAGGUAUAAUAUUAUUUCAAUUGUUUAUCAUUAGAAUAAUCAUAGACAAGGGCAAAAGCUAAUUUGUAUUCUUUGACCUGUAUUUUCUCUUACUUAAAAAUAUUUUUAGCCUGAUAGAGAAAAAAGUUGAUGGACUGAGAGAUAGAGAGCUUUGACACAUUAAUUCACUUCCUAGAUAACCAUAGCAAACAGAGUUGGGGCAGGACUGAAGCCAGGAUUGAAGAGUGGAAUCUAGGCCUCCUUCAUUGGUGACAUCACCGCUGUUUCCCCAGGUCUGAAUUAUCUGGGAGCUAAAGACUAGAGCUGACAUUGGAAAUCAAACAUAGACACUCUGAAGUGGCAUCAUAAACAAUAAGCUAAAUGUCUGCCCUGUCUUUAUUAUUAUUUUUCUCUGACAUACUGCAAAUGAUAUGCAUGGUGUUUUCCUGGAAAUUAUUUUCUGUUCAAUCCCAUCAUAGUUUCACUGAUGUUUCUUGCCUUUUUUUCUCAAUGCUUCUACAUACUUCUUCACAUUGCCCAUUCAAGAGUCAAUAUUGCCCCUUUUUUAGCCAGCUGUGCAAUUCCCCUUGACAGAUGUGGCCUUUGUGAUUUGAACCUCCUAUUUUCCUGCAGCUUGGGCAUUUCUCACAGCCUGUAGAUCAUGGGUUUGACUCUGUUGAAUGCUCUGUGUGGCUUUCUAAACACUCAAUAAGUCUAAUGUGAAACCAUAUCCUUCCUUUUUUCCUUCAUAUCCACACAACUGUCAGUGUUUAUUUUGUGCAGAGUCAAUAUGUUGACUGGAAGUGUAAUAUCAUAGGAGAUGAUAGCAUUUGAAGACCUUGCUGUGUACUUUAUGUGGGAGGAAUGGAAGAAAAUGAACAAUGCUCAGAAAAUCCUGUACCGAGAUGUGAUGCUGGAGACCUACAGCAGUCUGUUCUCCUUGGGGUACUGCACUACCAAACCUGACUUGAUCUUCAAGUUGGAGCGAGGAGCAGAGCCAUGGAUGGUGGAUGAAUGCUUGAAUCGGAGCCUUCCAGUGGUCAUGAAAAGGGAUGACCUGAUUAGGAUCAACCAGGAAAAUCAGGAUAAAAAUUUGAAUCAGGAUUUUAUGGAAAAUAACAAGACAUCAGCUCUCAAGAGAGUUGAAUUAAGAAAAACUCCUAGUUUAAAUUCAAGCCAUAUUCCAACACUGAUUAUUGAAAAGGGAACCUAUUCAGGAUUGAAUCCUGAGAAAUGCAAUAAAUGUCACACUGUGUAUUGCCCCAGUGGGCCUGAACAACUACAGGUUGGAGAGAAAUUUGAUAACACUAAGAUACCUGGAAAUUGUCUCCAGUUCUGUGAGCCUCUUGGUCAGCAUGACAAUAUCCACAUCACGAAGCAGCCAUUUGGACCCAUUGGACAAGCAAAAGUCUUCACAAGAAAGAUGUUCUGUAAAUCUGAGAGGGUUCAUAUGGCAGAAAACUGCGAUAAAUCAACCGUCACUUUUGGAAAAGCAACUCAAAUAGAAAAAGCUAUCCAUGAAAAUUAUAGCCUCAGUAUGCAUCAACAAAGUCACACAAGAAAGAAAUUUUAUAGGUACAUUAGGUAUGUUGAACCUGUCAUUCACCAGUCACAUCUUGCAAUGAAUCAGAUACUAAAUACAAGGGAAAAACUCUAUAAAUGUAAACCUUCUGGAAAAUCACUCAGUUUUAAUUCACCUUAUGAAUGUAAUGACUGUGGAAAAGCCUUUGGACAAAAGUCAGACCUCAGGAAACAUCAGCAAAUUCACACAGGGGAGAAACCUCAUAAAUGUAAUGACUGUGGAAAAAACUUUGGACAAAAGUCACACCUCUUCAUACAUCAGAGAAUUCACACAGGGGAGAAACCUCAUGAAUGUAACGACUGUGGAAAAGCCUUUACAAGAAAGUCAGACCUCAUAUUACACCAGAGAAUUCACACAGGGGAGAAACCUCAUAAAUGUAAUGACUGUGGAAAAGCCUUUAUACAAAAGUCACACCUCAUUGUACACCAGAGAAUUCACACAGGGCAGAAACCUCAUAAAUGUAAUGACUGUGGAAAAGCCUUUGGACAAAAGUCAGACCUCAGGAAACAUCAGAAAAUUCACACAGGGGAGAAACCUCAUAAAUGUAAUGACUGUGGAAAAAACUUUGGACGAAAGUCACACCUCUUCAUACAUCAGAGAAUUCACACAGGGGAGAAACCUCAUAAAUGCAAUGACUGUGGAAAAGCCUUUGGAAAAAAGUCAUACCUCAUAUUACACCAGAGAAUUCACACAGGAGAGAAACCUCAUAAAUGCAAUGACUGUGGAAAAGCCUUUAUACAAAAGUCACAGCUCAUCGUACACCAGAGAAUUCACACAGGUCAGAAACCUCAUGAAUGUAAUGACUGUGGAAAAGGCUUUGCAAGAAAGUCAGCCUUCAUCCUACAUCAGCGAAUUCACACUGGGGAGAAACCUCAUAAAUGUAAUGACUGUGGAAAAGCCUUUGGAAGAAAGUCAGACCUCAUUGUACACCAGAGAAAUCACACAGAAGAUAAACCAUUUUAGUGUAAUGACUGUGGAAAAGCCUUUGGACACAAGUCCUGCCUCAUAUUACACCAGAGAAUUCACAUGGGGCAGAAACCUCAUGAAUGUAAUAACUGGAAAAGCCAUUGGACAAAAGUCACACCUCAUCAUACACCAGAGAAUUCACAAAGGGCAGAAGCCUCAUAAAUGUAAUGACUGUGGAAAAGCCUUUGUAUGAAAGUCACACCUCAGAUCACACUGGAGAAUUCACACAGGGGAGAAACCCCAUGAAUGUAAUGACUGAGGGAAAGCCUCUGGAUAAAAUCAAUCCUUUGGAAUCAUCAGAGAAUUCACACAGGGGAGAAACCUCAUGAAUGUAAUGACUUUGGAAAAGCCUUUGGACAAAAGGCAAAGCUCAUAUCACAGCAGAGAAUUCACACAGGGUAGAAAACUUGUGAUUGUAGUAAGUGUGGAAAGCAUUUAGCCAUAAGUCAACCUUCAUCGUGUAUCAGAGAAUUCACAUGGGGCAGAAACCUCAUGAAUGUAAUGACUGAAAAGCCUUUGGACAAAAGUCAAACCUCAUAAUGCCCCAGAGAAUGCACACAGUAUUGAAACUUCAUGAGUGUAAUGACUGUGGAAAAACUUUUGAUUUUAAGUUCCAAUUCCAAAUGCAUCAGAGAAUUCACACCGGGAAAUAACCUUAUAAAUGCAGAAAAGUCUUUUCCUAUAAAUUAUACCUCAUAUCAUACACAAUUCACACAGGGCAGAAACCUUAUGAAUCUAAUGAGUUUGGAAAUGCCUUUAUAAAUCAUAUGUUAUAAAGCAUAGCUCAUAUCACACCAGAGAAUUCACACCGGGGAGAAACUUCAUGAAUGCAAUGACUGUAGAAAAGCCCUUGGCAAUAAGUCACAUCUCUGAAUGCAUCAGAAAAUUCACAUGAAGAGAAACCUUUUAAACAUAAUGACUUGGAAAGCUUUUUCCCAUAAUUCAGCCCUCAUUGCACAUCAUCAAAUUCAUAUGGGGGAAAACACUUUGGAUAUAAUGCAUAUGGAAAAGUCUUUAUCCAUAAGUAACACCUCAUGAAACAUCAGAAUUUGCAUGGGGGAGAAACCUUAUGAAUGGAAUGAGUGUUGUAACACUCUGCCAAAAUCACGCAUUAUAACAUCAGAGAAUUGAUUACAUGGUGGAAAUCUUGUAAUAAAUGUGGGAAAGCCUUUUGUCAAAAGGAAUACCUCAUAACACAUGUAGUUCACACAAGGGAGAGAACUUAAGAAUAUAAUGAAUGUGAAGGACUUUUUCCAAAAUCAACAUAACUAUGUGACAGAGCCUAUUGCUGGAAAUUACAUCCCAUACAAUAGGCACUCCCGUAAGGAAGAAAGGUUGGGACCAGUGCUGUGGCACAGUAGGUUAAAGCCCUGGCCUGAAGUGCUGGCACACCAUGUGGGCACUGGUUCUAGUCCUGGCUGCUCCUCUUCUGAUCGAGCUCUCUGCUAUGGCCUGGGAAAGCAGUAGAAGAUGGCCCUGUACCUACGUGGUAGACUCAGAAGAAACUCCUGACUCCUGGCUUUGGAUCGCUGCAGCUCCAACCAUUGCAUCCAUGUGGGGAGUGAACCAGUGGAUGGAAGACCUCUUUCUGCUUCUCUUUCUCUCUGUAACUCUGUCUUUCAAAUAAAUAAAUAAUUUUAAAAAAUGAAGUUCAAAAAUAUUAUUAGUGUGACAAAAAGACAUUUGUCAGAAAUCAAUCAUUAUACAUCAGAGAAUUCACACAAGGGGUUUCUUAGGAAUGUAAUGAAUGUGGAAGUAUAUUUUCAUGGAAUUCAGGCUUGCAUAAAUAUGCAGCUCAAAAAAGGUGAUAUCCUUCAAGUGCAGUAGAUCUGAAAAAAACAUAACCCGAAAUUAAACAUCAGGCUGGGGCCAUGGAGCAGUAGGUUAAUCCUCCACCUGUUAUGCUGGCAUCCCAUAUGGGUGUCAGUUCUGGUCCCAGCUGCCACUCUUCCAAUGCAGCUCUCUACUGUGGCCUGGGAAAGCAGUAGAAGACAGCCCAAGUGCUUGAGCCUCUGCACCCACAUGGGAGACCAGGAAGAAGCACCUGGUUCCUGGCUUCAGAUCAGUGCAGCUCUGGCCAUUGUGGCCAUUUGAGGAGUGAACCAACGGAAGGAAGACCUUUCUCUCUGUCUCUCUCACUGUCUGUAACUCUACCUGUCAAAUAAAUAAAUAAAAAUCUUAAAAAACAAGAAAUUAAACAUCAACAAACACCAGAGAAUUCAAACAGUAAAAUGUCAAUUGAAUGAAUGUGAAAAAAUUCUUCUGCCAUUAAUCAAUUCACAUGAAGAGACUCAGAAAUGAGAAAACAUACAUGCAUACAAAAGUCAUGUACCAUAUGUCACCUCUCAAUGGUUACCUGACAACUCAUAGAAAGAAAAAAUCCUAUGACUGUACUGUAAUGGGAAAUACCUUUAUUAUUAGGCAAACUUCCACAAAACAUAGCAAGAUUACAGAAAGCCCCUGAAAUAUAAUUUGUUUGGAAGAAUUCUUUGGUAGAAUCACACCUUAGUAAGUAUUGGGCAGUUUUCAUGAUGAAUUGUGACAGAGCAGUUAAGCAUUUUUUCAGAAAUUUUUUCUCUUAUACAAGCUGCACUUUUGGUUUCUUAUUAUUGUGAUCAAGUAUAUGAACUGAAUUGGGCUCUUGUGUAAAUUUUGUUAAUAAAAAUUUAAAGUUGAGUAACAGUUAUUUCAACAGUUAUUUGGAAUACCAUCUUCAUCAAUUACAAAGUUAUUUGUUUUAUUGCUGAUUUGUGGGCCACCCAGGAUUCUUUCCCCACAUUAUUGUAGUGCAAACCAGUGAUGUGACCAUAGGCAUAUCAAGUACAUGUGUUCCAGCCAUAAUACUGUACCCUAGGCCUGGAUAAUAAGUGUUGUGUGCAGCACAAGGCAAUUAGUUUGUGGUGACCUAUAUACCAUGAGAAAUUUCAACUUAUCUGUGCACACAUCUGGAUUAGACUCCACUACCCAAGGUCUAUUUGAAUAUGCAAGUAGAUGUUGUCGCACACAUCACCCUCAUUCUUUAAUGGGACAACCUCAAACCCUAUAAGUUGCAACACUCAUCUGAAUUUUCCUGUAUUACUGAGUGCAUAGUGCCUUUUUCACCCAUGAUCCCCCUUUUCUACACUUCUUCAUUCUAUUCCUAAUUGCCUUGAGAGAAGACAUGGGAUGAAGUCUAUCCAGGUGGUAACCAUUUCAACAGAGAAGCAGAAGCAUAAAUGUAGUGUACUUUUUUUUUAAAAAAAAAGAUUUAUUUAUUUAUUUGAAAGUCAUAGUUACACAGAAAGAGCAGAGGCAGAGAGAAUCUUCCACGCAAUGGUUCACUCCCCAAUUGGCCACAAUGGUCAGAACUGUGCUGAUCCAAGGCCAGGAACUUCCUCCAGAUCUCCCAUGUAGAUGCAGGGGCCCAAGCACUUGGGCCUUCUUCUACUAUUUCCCAGGUCAUAGCAGAGAGCUAGAUUGGAAGUGGAGCAGCUGGGUCUCGAACCAGCACCCAUAUGGGAUGCCGGCACUUCAGGUCAGGGCAUUAAUCUUCUGUGACACAGUGCUGGUCCCUGUAGUACACCUUUGUAUUAAUUUAACUAAUCAUUUUUUUAACUUUUUUUAUAUUAUUCCCUGCUCCUGCAGGUGGCCCUCAUUUUUAUUGAAAAUGUGUGUUUUUAUCCCUUGCAAUUUACAUAGUCCUUUCUGGAUUUAUAUAAAUCUCAUUUACAUUCAGUUAAUUCCCAGGAUACCCCCAGGAGGAACACUUUUCCUAGGUUGCAUGGCUAUCUGGGUUAUCUUUCAUAUUACUUAGAACUAAUUUUUCACAAUAUUGCUUGCCUGAGAACUUUUUCCCUAGGCUCCCAGCUAAACAGGUGUUUGAAGACUAGAUUACUGUUAAUUCUCACUAAGGACAGAGGUCCCACAUGGAGAGCACAGAUUCUUAUGUGGUCCUUGGGACAGAGUGAAUAUUAUACCCACUUGAUUUUGUACUCAGGCACUGGUCUCCAUUGAAGAGAAGAACUCAGCUGAACAGGAUAUAACUCCCUUCUGAUUAAAAAAAAUAGAUUUACCAUGCCAAAUCUGGGUGUGUCACCUUAGGCAUACCCUUUACCCUUGAAAACUGAACAGAGCUCUCUGGCCACACCCACUACAAGCCUCUAGAGAUUCACUGAAAGCAGAAAGUCCAUUAAUCUACAGUCAUAAUACAAUGAUAAAAACCGCCACAGCAGAAAAAAAAAAAGAUGAGUAUCUGCACAAAUGCCAAACAAAUGCAAGAAUCCAAGAAGCAAGAAUAAGGAAAACAUCAUCAUGCUCCCAAAAGAACAUGACACUUCAAUACUAGAUCAUGAAGACAAUGAGAUAGAAGAAAUAGAAUUCAAAAAUUUGGUCAUAAAAUUACAUAGAAGUAAUCGAAAGCAAAUGCACCAACUACUGAAAUCCAUGAAGAAGGACAUGAAAAAAAAUCUCUCCCAUGAAAUUGAAAUUAUCAGGAGGAAUCAAGAUGAAGAUUUCAACAGAACAAAUAAAAAGUGCAGUGGAGAGCCUUAACAAUAGAAUCAGUGAGGCAGAAGAGAGAACAUCAGACUUAGUAGACAGAGCACAGGAAAGUGUACAGUCAAACCAAACACAAGAAUAGGAGAUUAGAAAUCUAAAAACUGUUGGGAAUCUACAGGAUACUAUAAAGAAAUAAAACCAAUAUUCUGGUUCUAGGAGUUCCUGCAGGCAUGAAGAGAGAGAAAGAAUUAGAAGGCAUUUUUAGUGAAACACUAGCAGAAAACUUUCCGGGUUUGGAAAAAGAGACAUCCAAGUACAGGAAGCACACAGAACUUUGAAUAGACAUGACCAGAAAACAUCCUUGCCAUGACACAUUGUAAUCAAACUGCUGCAGUGAAACAAAAAGAAGAUUCCAAAAUGGGUAAGAGAGAAACACCACAUUACUUUCAGAGGAUCUCCAAUUAGACUCACAGCAGACUUCUCAUCAGAAACCCUGCAGGCUAAGAGAAAAUGGCAAAAUCUAGCCCAAUUCCUAAGAGAAAAAAGCUGUCAUCCAAGAUUAUUACACCCUGCAAAGCUCUCAUUUAUGAAUGAAGGUGAAAUAAAGACCUUUCAUAACAAACAGAAAUUGAACGAAUUUGCCACCACUUGUCCAGACCAGCAAGACUUCUUUUUUUUUUCACUGUGGUGGAUUUUAUCUUUGUAUUAUGACUCAGUAGAUAAGUGGACUUUCUGCUUUCACUGAAUCUCUGGAGGCUUGUAGUGGGUGUGGCCAGAGAGCUCUGUUCAGUCUCCAGGGUUAAGGAUGUGCCUCAGGUGACACACCCAAGUUUGGCAUGUUAAGUCUUCUCUCUCCUUUUUUUAAUCAGAAGGGAAGUAUAUUCUGCUCAGUUGGGCUCUUCUCCUCAAUGGAGACCAGUGCUUGAGUACUAGCCCCAGUAGGUAUAAUAUUUGUCUGCUCUGUCCAAAGAACCACACAAAGGAUCUGUGUAGUCCUCAGUAUAAGUUCAGAUUCUCCAGAAAUGUCUCUCAUCAGGUAACCAAGAACCCCCAAGCUUGUGGCAUCUCCCACUGAGAGUGCUCAAAGUCCCAGCCACACUGAAAGUCUUCCCACACACACUCAGUUUUUUAUUUUUUCUCAGUCCUGCUUCAGAAGCUUCACACAGUUAUAAGUUCCUAGUUUCCUGUUAUUUCUCCCCACCAGAGUCAGGAGUCGGCUGCUUACCUGGUGCAGACACAAGCUGGCACAGCUGUUAUGUAUGUUCAAAAUGGCUCCUGCUCUAUCAGCUUGCAUGCCUUUGUGAGGUGAUUGGAGAGAAAGAAAGGUGUCUGUACUGUCCCCUUUUGUUUCUCUCCUCUAUUUUGGCUGACACACUUUCCCUCAGAGACUUAAGCCUCAUUCCCUCUAGGUUCCUGCCCCAUUUUUGCUGGUGGCUCGGGCUACUGUGGUCUUGUCUCACUCACCUCACUUUACAGUUCUGGUGCAUAGGCUCUCAGCUGUAGGAGGUGUGAGCUGUGGGCACCAUGCCCUCCAGGUGUCCACCUCUACCAUGUCCCUCUAAUGUCAGUAGAAUUUCCUCUGUCAUUUUUUCCCUAACUCUUCCCUGAGACUACUCUAUUUACACUUUUUUAAAACUAUCUUCUCCUGGGCUAGAGCAGUAAGUGCCCUCCCUACUCCACCAUCCAAUUAUUAGCCCAUCUGUAUAUGAUUAUGCCUCUGUUUCUGCCAAAUUACUAAUUUAUACACUAUAUAAUCAAAAUUAAAUGCCUUCCCUGGAAUGCAUAUUUAUGUUGUCAUUUGCUACUGUCACCUGCAUGUGUAGUGAAUAACCCAAUUUGUGACAUUCCUAACACAGGGAAAUGAUGGGUACCAUGGUUUGGUUUCUAAUUGUGUGGUCAUCAACUCACUCUAAAUGCUGGAAGUUGUCCCAGCAACUGUCAUGUGUAUAGGAUUUGAGUACAUCGCAGUGCCAGCACCAUCAUGGUCAUCAGCAUAGGAUACAUUCUUAAUGUUUCUAGACGCUCCUGGAACUUUAAAUUAUUUUCUGAUUGUGGAAACUUUUCAAACGAUAAGUCUGUAUCAUACUGUAAUUUUUCCAGUUUAUUCCGGACUGUUUUUUCUCCAAAUAGUCAUCCACAUAUUUGUUUUUUAAUUAUGGCUCACAUUAAAAUACACAUUGUUACUAAGGGCAAGGCAAAGUUUUAACUUCCAUGUGUAUCAGGUUUCUAUUUUUUAUUUUGUCUUUCAUUUUAUUAAUUUCAUCUGAGUAUGUCAAUAUCCACAUGGAAACCAAUCUUAGCGCUGCCAAGGUAUGCUGAUUCUUUGGGGCACUUACAUUUUCAUGUUAUGAAUGCACUAAAGAAUGUUCAAGUUGUCUUAGCAACCUCCAUCUUUAUGGCCUAUCAAAUAAUUUUAGAACAUUACAUUCUUUUACACUUUCAUGGACACUUUUUUAUAGCUUCUUUAUAUUUAGAGAAUCAAAAUUGUCAUUCUCUUUAAAAUUUCCAUGCAUUAGAUCAAGA